CCCCGACAAAUCGACAAUAAUUCUGUCUCACCUCUCUCGCCGUCUCCUUUCCUUCCUCGUUGACUUGCCGUUUACCGGGCGAUUUUUGCGCCGUUCACUCUGCAGUUUUCACUCGUCGUCCUUCCCGGUCGUCCACUAUUCUCGCUGCAUCAGUCUCUCUGUAGUUCUGUAGGCAGACAUUAUGUAUGGGAUCUUGAGAUUCAGGCGCUAUUGAGGAAAGCGUUGGAUCAAAAGCUUCAGAACACAAUACUUACUUUCUUACAUUCCAAGAGACACUAGACGUAACUCAUAAUGGUUGUUCUCUCUGAACUUUGUGAAGGACCUUCAUCUUCUUCAUCAACUCAUGGUUAUAGAUAUGACGUAUUUUUAAGUUUCAGAGGUGUUGACACUCGUCAUGGUUUCACUAAUCACCUUUAUAAUGCCCUCAUUCACGCCAAUAUCACUACCUUCUUGGAUGAUGAAGAGAUUGAAACAGGGGAAGAUCUGAAACCAGAAUUAGAGAGUGCCAUUAAAGCAUCUAGGGCUUCUGUUAUCGUGGUGUCCAAAAAUUAUGCCACUUCCACUUGGUGUCUUGAUGAACUGGUGUUGAUCCUUGAGCAACGUAUGAAAUCCAGUCAUGUUGUAGUCCCCAUCUUUUAUCAUGUUGAGCCCACCCAUGUCAGGAAGCAACAAAGUAGCUUCGGAGAUGCAAUGGAUGAACAUAGACACAGGAUGGAGGCAGAGACAAAUGCAAAUAAAAGAAGUAAAUUGGCUCAAAAGAUGGACAGGUGGAAUAAAGCGCUUACAGAAGUUGCUGAUUUAAAAGGGAAGGAUGUUAAGGACAGGCUAGAGGUGGAGUUUAUUGAUGAAAUUGUCAAAGACAUCUUCCGUAGAUUACACAUAUCCUCGAGAGUGUUGAAACAAAACAAGGGUACGGAAAAUGUUCAAGGUCUCACCCUUGACAUGAGAAUGGUUGAGAAAGAGAAGUUACAUGGAUCACUUGAGUUGAAAACAGAUGCACCGAAGGCUAAAGCAAUUGAUUGGAUCGUGUUCAAAAGACAAACGGUUGCUUGGAUCGUUGAAGAUUCUUAAUUUAAGUUUUUGUGAACAACUUCGUAGUCUUGGUGGCUUUGACCACCUCCCUAAACUUGAGAGGUUAAUACUUAGAGGGUGCAUUGGUUUGCUUGAUGUUUGUGAAUCAAUUGAGCAAUGCUCUGAACUUGUCCACAUUGAUCUGAGCUAUUGCAACAAGCUUGUAAAACUUCCAAGAAGCUUAGGCAUGUUAAAGAAAGUUAAAACACUAUUGCUAAACGGUUGUUAUCUCGGUGAAUCUCAAAUCAAGAUUAGGGACAUGGAUUCAUCGGAAUUGCUCAAGGCUAACAACAUUGGCAUAAACACAAUAACGUCUUCCUCCACCGUUCUGGGUGUUAUGCCAAGUUAUUCAAAGUUCUUUGCAGUUUCUUUACCUAGAUCUUUAGUAAGCUUGUCACUUGUGAAUAAUAAUUUGUCCAUCGAAUCCUUUCCAAUGGACUUUAAUUGCCUAUCCAUGUUAAAGGCAUUAUAUCUAGAUGAAAAUCCUAUCGUUUCCCUCCCGAGUUGUGUGAGAAGCCUUCCUAGGCUUAAGGUACUUAGUAUGGGGAAUUGUAAUAUGCUUACGUCAAUCGAGCAUCCUCCGCACACACUAACAUUUAUGGACCUCUAUUUUCAUUCUAAUAAGUCUUUGCUACGAAAAAUUGUAUUUGAUCCACAAAUGUCCCCACUCGAGUUCUUAAUAGACCCGAAUAUAUUUGGACCUUCAUCGUUUGAAUUUGAAGGCUUGGUGAAAAUCCAACCAAUGGCAGGUGUUGAGGAAAAGGUAUUACGUAGUUUGGGUUGGAUUAAGCUAGACUUCCUUAACGAAAGGCAUGUACAGACAGAUGUUUCUUGUACAGGAUCAGAGGAAUCUGAAUUCCAGAUGUACUAUGAAUUUGGAAUAUUCAGCACAAUUUAUGGGGGGGAAGAUAUGCCGAAUUGGAUUACGGAGAGAAGCAAUGGGCCAUCAAUAUCAUUUACCAUUCCAUCAUCUCCUAACAACCUCACAGGAUUGAAUUUUUGUUGUGUGCUGGCAUCUCCAUUCCAUCAAUAUCCGUUAAAUAAUUUACCAAAGAUCAUAAUUAGCAAUAUAACAAAGACCCGCACCUGGAUAUACCACCACUACCUUGAAAUGGUAUUUCUCCGUAGAAAUGGUUUGACGAUGUUAAGCCAUUGGAUGUUUGGGAUGAAUGAGAUGGAAUGUGGCGACCAUGUUACUGUUACUGUGAGGUGGGCACCACAUGAUUUUGGUGAUGCAGUUAUCAUGGAGUGUGGGGUGAGUUUUGUGUAUGAUGAUGGAAAAGAAGAAGAUGCUUUAGAUUAUUACAAGUCAUGGAAUCACAUCAUUGGUGGAGAUCUCAUUGGAUUUCAAUCAACAACAGGAGAAUACAUCCUAAGCAAAUGGCGAAUUCUGCGCCCUUACAUGGAUAUUGAUAUACUAAGAUUUGAUUAUCUAUGUGGAGAUGGUGCCCGCUUUAAAGAGCGAGUGCAGUUCAGAGCUCUCUCUGAAAGAAAGUCUCUACUGGAGGAUGACCCCUAAGGUUAUAACAAGAAUCGCCUACAGAGCAAAAUUAACGAGGAUGGCUUUCAAUCAACAUUCAGCUGGAAAUCAAGCUGCUGCUUUUCAUUUUAUUUUUUGUGGAUAACUUUUGCUCUCAUCCAUAGUCACAUGAAACGCGGAACACCGCUGGAACGAGGAACGAAAACGGGAACGAGGAUAGGUAUUUUUUUGUUUUCGGUACGAGG